AUGACAGUCGAUACACUGACCACCGUAGCAGCACUGGUGACCUUCUUAUCAGAGACCAUAGCACAGGACUGCCAGCCGAGGGACUACGGCUGGGGCAGUUUUGUUUGUGUCUGCAAUGCGCAUCAUUGCGACUUCAUCGGUGACAUAGGCGAUCUGCCGAGUGGAGAAGUGGUUGUGUUCGAGAGCAGCAAAGCCGGCUUGAGAUUCGCCAAGACCACUGCAAAAUUUAGUGAAACAACAGAAGUUGCUGAUGACGAUGACACACGAGUCCUUUCGGUCAACUCAUGCACAACAUUCCAGAGGAUACUUGGUUUUGGAGGCGCCUUCACUGAUUCCGUUGGAAUAAAUCUGAACUCUCUGCCGAGCGACAUGCAAGAUAAUAUCCUCAAGUCCUACUAUUCUAAAGAAGGAAUCGAAUACAACAUGGGAAGAAUCCCGUUGGCCAGCACUGACUUCUCUGAGCGCAAAUACACGUAUGACGAUUCGCCCGAUGACUUUGAGCUGGAAAACUUCACUCUCGCUUCAGAAGACCUCGACCUCAAGAUGCCCCACAUUCAAAAGGCUAUGUCUUUCUCAAGCGACGUCGUGUGGUUCAUCGGCAGUUCCUGGAGUAGUCCGGCGUGGAUGAAGACGAAUGGCGAGCUUGAGGGUCUCGGUUUUCUGAAGGGUCUUCCUGGCGGGCCGUAUUACAAGACUUGGGCAAAGUAUCAUAUCAGGUUUAUCCAAGAGUACGAGAAACAGGGAGUUCCCAUAUGGGGUCUCACGACGCAGAACGAACCAACGUCGGGCUUUGUUCCGUUCUAUCCAUGGCAGACACUGGGUUUCACGGCCUGUAGUCAGAGAGACUUCAUCACGCUCGACCUCGGGCCGGCUCUGGAACACGCUGGUUACGGCGCGGGCAAAGUGAAGGUCAUGAUCUUUGACGACAAUCGCCUCUUCCUUCCGCUCUGGGCAAACUUGAUCCUCAGUGACCAUGAGGCGGCAAAGUACGUGCACGGAGUUGGCGUCCACUGGUACCAGAACAAGUUUGUUGGCCCAGCUGUACUAGACCACGUGCGACAGAACUUUCCGGAUAAGUUCAUCCUUGCUACAGAAGCCUGUUCCGGAUAUGAGAUAACGACGGUGAACAAAGUCAAGCUUGGCAGCUGGGAUAGGGCCGAGGAGUACGCCAGUGACAUAAUCGAGAACCUAAACCACGGUGUCGGUGGUUGGAUAGACUGGAACCUCGUUUUAGACACAGAAGGUGGUCCCACGUGGGCCAACAACUACGUUGGCUCACCUAUUAUUGCAAAUGCCACUGCUGAAGAGUUUUACAAACAGCCUACGUAUUACGCUAUGGGCCACUUCAGCAAGUUCAUUCCAAGGGGCAGUAUCAGGAUAUUUUCGAGCCUGGAACAAUACAGCAUUAUAGACAUUUUUGAAAAAGAAGUGGAACAUACCGCAUUCUUGAGGCCGGAUUCAGACAGUAGUGGUUAUCGUCCUGAACAAAACCGCAAAGUCAUGUUGAGGAUCCAAGACCAGUCUAACCCUGUCAAUAUUCAGAAAGUCAUCAGCGAACGUUCCAUUGCAACGUUCAUCUGGAAGGCAGACAGCCCAUGCCCGACAUAG